AUGGCAAGUCCUACUGUACUCACCUUUGACGCUGAGGGCCGUCUGAUUAAGUUCGAUGUUUGGCUCGAUGACCUUCACCUCUACCUUCAGAUCACCGCCAAGGACGAUAUUUCCCUUUAUGACCACACGUCCGGCGCCGCUCCCGCACCUCCCGCUACUGCUGACAGUAUUGCUCGCUCCCAGUGGCAGACCCGUGAUGCUCACGCUCGCCUAGCCGUUCGCAGCCACCUGCCGUUAGAUGAGCGCGAGCACUUCGGCCAGCAUAAGACCGCUAAAGAGCUGUACGACGCCGUAGUCGCGCGCUACUCCUCCCCUGCCACUGCUGCUAUAGGCCGUCUCUCACUGCCCUACCUCUUUCCCGACCAAUCCACCUUUGCCACUGUAGCUGACCUCAUCACCCACCUCCGUACUAGUGACCUCCGCUACCGUGCCGCGCUCCCCCCCGAUUUUCUUGCCAAGAACCCCCCCCCCCCCGAUUUUCUCGCCCUCUCCCCCACUGACCUCACUGUCGACCUCCUCGAGAAGGAACUCCUAGCAGCUGAGAAGAGCAUUGUAGCUGUAGGUGCCUCUCGUGGUGACCCCCGCACCCCCUUCUUUGAGGGGUGUUCCCCCUCUCCCCUCCUCCCCUCCAUUGCAUCUGCUGCUGCUGUCGACUACCUCGGAGCUGAGGGAAUCGGAGCCGCGUCUACUCCUAGUGGGAGCCACAAGGGCGGCAGGGGCAAGGGGGGCCGGGGUGGUGGAGGUGGGGGCGGGGGCGGCGGCGGUGGAGGGGGUGGGGGGGGCGGGGGUGGUGGCGGGAGUGGGAGUGGCGCGGGUGGUGGGGGGGUCAGUGGCGGCACAGGGGGUGGUGGCGGCGGCGGCGGUGUUGGGGGUGGUGGGGGCGGUGGUGGCAGUGGUGAUGGCGGUGGAGCGGGUGGCGGGCGCCGUGGAGCGGUGCAGCGUGGGGGAUUCGGAGGUGGCCAGAGGCAGCAGCAGCAGCGUCCCGGCGAGACUCCCUCGCCCCAGCAGCUCCGUGAGUGGUACUCUCAGCGUGGGGGGUCUGGGGGUGGGGGUCCCUGCCCGUACGUCAUCCGCACAGGUGACCGCGCUGGCCAGACUUGUGGGAGGUUCCACCCGACACAGCGCUGCUUCUCUCGCCUCGACGACGCCUGGCGCGAGCAGUUCCCUGACGCCUCUGAGCUGCCUCGCUGGGCUGAUCUGCUUAGGAAGGGGAUUGAUGUCUUUGCUCUUGAUUAUGAUGCUAUCCUUGCUGCCAUGUAUGCAUUGACUAUUAGUGCUGAGGGUGACUGUUACCUGAGUGUGCCGCCUGACCCAGGUAUUGGUACUGUUCUCCCUCCCCUCCCACCCUCGCCUGCUCCUCCCUGUCUUCCCUGUGUCGAGGGGCGGCAGCGCGCCACCCCUCACUCCUCCUCGUUCCCUCCCACAGAGGCUCCCCUGCAGACUCUUCACCUGGACGUGUGGGGCCCGGCCCGCGUCCGGGGACAGGGCCACGAGCGGUACUUCCUGCUGGUCGUCGACGACUACACGCGCUACACCACGGUCUUCCCCUUGCGCACCAAGGACAGGGGUGGUGAGUUUUCCUCCGCCCUCCUGGCUGCCUACUGUGCGGAGCACGGCAUCCGCCAGACUUUCACGCUUCCGGACUCCCCACAGCAGAAUGGGGUUGCUGAGCGCCGCAUUGGUUUAGUCAUGGAGGUCGCUCGUACCUCCAUGAUUCAUGCGGCUGCCCCCCAUUUUCUGUGGUCGUUUGCGGUCCGGUACGCGGCGCAUCAGCUCAACCUUUGGCCCCGUGUCUCUGCUCCGGAGACCUCGCCCACACUGCGUUGGACGGGGGAGGUUGGCGAUGCGUCGGUGUUCCGUGUCUCUGGAUGUCGAGCCCUUGUUCGCGAUACGUCCGCGGACAAGCUCUCCUCCCGUGCCGUUCCCUGCGUCUUCCUUGGCUUUGUCCCUGACGCGCCUGGCUGGCAGUUUUACCACCCCACCUCGCGUCGUGUCUUUGCCUCUCAGGACGUCACCUUUGACGAGUUGGUUCCCUUUUACCGUCUCUUCCCCUACCGCACUGCCCCCCUCCCUCCCCCACCCAUUUUCCUCGCUCCAGGUCCCCCUUCGCUAGACCCCCUUCCCCCUCAGGGUCCUGCUCCCUCAGGUGUCUCUCAGGUAGACCCUCCUCCCGUCGCUGAGCCUGUCGAGGUCACAGGUGACUCAGGUGCUGCUGCGGGUGGUACUGCUGGGGGUGCUGAGCCUGGGGGUGCUGAGACUGGGGGUGCUGAGCCUGGGGGUGCGGAGACUGGGGGUGCUGAGACUGGGGGUGCUGAGCCUGGGGGUCCUGGGUUUGCUGGGCCUGGGGGUGCUGAGCUUGGAGGUUCUGGAGCUACUAGAGCUCCCACUGGAGCUGGAGGUUCUGGAGCUGCUACGGGUGCUGGCGCUGCGGGUUCUGAGUCUGCUGCUGCGCGGUCUCCUUGGAGUAGCCGCCUUCGUACGCGUGUGCCUCUCACCUCCCAGCAGCUGCGCGACUGGUACGGUCGCCGUCAGCGUCGCGCUCCUGUACCUCGGGACUCUGCUCCUGGAGGUGCUCGUACCGCUGGUACUCGAGCUGCUGGGGCUGGUGGUGCUGUGUCUGAGGGUACUCCUACUGGGGACACUGCGACUGGGGGUGCUGGUUCUGGAGGCGCUGCUGCUGGUGGAGACUGUCCUGGAGGAGUUGCCGCUGGGGGUGGUGGAGCUACUGGAGGUAUGGGAGCUGCUGUCGGUGCUGGAGCUGCUGGUGCUGGCGACGCUACACAGUCGCGCCUGUUCUUCGCUCCGCCGUCUCCGUCGUCUCUGCCACCGCCUGACUCUGUCCUUCACCAGGUUCUUAGUCUUCCGUCUUCUACCGGUCUUCCCCUCCUGCCUGACUCACCGCUUCCUGCUCCUUCUCCUUACACUGAGCAGUCAGGAGGUCUUACUGAGCGUCGUGAGCCUGCGUCGCGUCCUGUCUUGCCUGUUCGCUCUGGUCGCACCGUUCGUCGUGUUCCGCCUUCGAGGUCGCCGACUGUCCCCGGCACGCGCCUUGUCCUCCGUCGUCCUUCCUCUAUUCCACAGUCUGUUCCUCUGCCGUCCCCUCCUGCGUCGUCUUUGCCUCACGUUCCGGACCCUGAGUCUGACCGGUUUCGUGCUGAGCACCCUACUGUCACGCGUCUGCUAGCCACUGUUGUCACUGACCCCUCGUUUGAGUCUUCUGCUGCGUCUGCCUUGGUCGCUGAGCUUGUUGACUUUGCUGCUGCCUGUCGUCUAGACUACGCUGCUAGCCUUGUUGCUGAGUCUGAGUCUGUCUGUCCUCUGUCCGUCGGGGUUGAGGGUGCUCUUGGCACGGACGUCCUUGAGGACAGGCACGAGGACCUUGAGUGCCUUGCAGCCGCUGCGCCUCAUCUCGUGGCCAUGCUGCUUGCCCCUGAGGGAGACCCGGAUGCUAUAGACAUCCCUACCCCGCGAUCUUACGCUGAGGCGAUCGCGGGUCCCUACUCCUCUCAGUGGCAGGCAGCCAUGGACGCAGAGAUGGCAUCCUGGAAGUCCACUGGCACUUACGUCGACGACGUUCCCCCUCCUGGGGCGAACAUCGUCAGUGGCAUGUGGAUUUUCAGGGUGAAGCGGCCGCCGGGUUCUCCGCCUGUCUUCAAGGCUCGUUACGUUGCCCGAGGCUUCAGUCAGCGAGAGGGAGUCGACUUCUUCCAGACCUUCUUUGUCCACCCGGAAGAUGACCACUCUUCGGCUUUCUUGCAGGGCAGCCUGCACGAGGAGAUCUGGCUGUGCCGCCCUCCUGGCUUCACUGGGUCGUUUCCUCCUGGUACCCAGUGGAGCCUUCGCCGGCCAGUCUACGGUCUCCGCCAGGCGCCACGUGAGUGGCACGACACACUGAGGACUACACUUGCGGCUCUUGGGUUCGCGCCUUCUACUGCUGACCCGUCUCUGUUUCUGCGCACCGACACUUCGCUGCCGCCGUUCUACAUCCUCGUGUACGUCGACGACUUGGUCUUUGCCACUGCUGACACUGAGGCUCUCGCCCACGUGAAGUCCGAACUGCAGAAGAGAUACACGUGCACAGACCUGGGUGAACUGCGCAGCUACCUUGGCUUGCAGAUCACCCGGGACAGAGCACGCCGCACCAUCACACUGACUCAGUCACACAUGGUGCAGCAGGUCCUUCAGCGCUUCGGCUUCACCUGGUCCUCAGCACAGGCCACUCCUCUGGCUAUAGGUCACUCGCUCUCAGCUCUGCCUUCGGAUGAGUCCGUAGAGCCGAGUGGUCCUUACCCAGAGCUAGUUGGUUGCCUCAUGUACCUGAUGACUUGCACUCGUCCUGACCUAGCGUACCCUCUUGGCCUUCUGGCCCGCUACGUGGCUCCUGGUAGGCACCGAAAGGUGCACUAG